AUGACUCCGCCGCCUUCGACACAACCGCCUCGAUUUCAUACAAUAAACCGCAUGGGUGUUGGUUCCGGUGGUGCCUUGCUUGCUUCACCGCCCACCACCGUGAGAGCAAACGUUCUACAUGCUUUGCCUACUCCGGACGCCAUAUCCAAAGCCGACAUUGAGGAAUUGAGAAAUAUGGCGCGGGAGUUAGUGGCAGCCGUCCAAGAAGCAAGAACGUCUGCGGCGCAUUUUAAGUUGCAGCACAGCCUGUUAACCAUGGAGUCCGAGGAAGCAGCGCAACGUGCUGAGGUGGAACAUCAAAUGACACGCAGAGAGGUCGAGGUACUUCAAGCCGCCGACCAUCGCAACAGAAAUACAAAUUCCAUAUACCGCCCGCAUCUGCAAUCAUCCCCGUCGCCACAGGUUGAAGCGUUAACUCGGACGUGCAAGGUGUUGGAGGAGGAGCGGGAUGAGGCUGAGGAGGAGCUUGCGCGAGUGAGAAAGUUGUUGGAGGCGGAGAAAGACAAGUGUGACUUGUUGAAAGAAGAGAACGAUCGUCUGAAGAGACGUAUUCGCGAAAACAGGGAGCACUUCAGCCGCCUCAAAAGCAUGUCCCCGUCCUAUACGACGCCUCGCGACACCCUUACUACGCCGCAGCGGAAAGUCGUCCCGCGGUUCCCCGAGUCUGCCCCAAACCAUGCCAAUAUUGCUGCACUACUUGCUGCGGAUCAGGUCCUGAGCCAAGAAAGUGCCAGUGUCCCUUCUACUCCGACCAAAUCCCAUACAUCCAAAUUCAAGCAUGGUCACACCCGUGGCGCGCAUUCAUUAUCAUCCUUGCACCAUACACCAGCUCAGACGCGGCCUACUACGCAUGAAGGCUACCCUGAGUCAGCGGUCCCGCUAUCUGCUCCUGCCUCUCGUUUCACAAGGGAGUCGGAAGAAAGAGAUCGUAAUGACCGCGACAGUACCAUAUCCAUUUCCGAUGCCGAAGACGGGGACGGCGACAACAUUCCAGAAUCGCAGGCCAGUUCCUUGGCGAGUGACAUGCUACGCAGAAAUCCCGGGAACCAGGAGAGCUUGAGACUGUCACAGAACGCUGAGCGUUCAAGUAAUCUCCUUCAGACCAAAUUGUUCGGUCCGAUAAAGAAGUCUACCCAGACGAGGAAACGUGGAGCAAGUUUUGGAGAAUCCGAUAUCAAAGCGAAAAAGGCGAAGAUAUCUCAAGGUGUUGGCCUUGGUAUUGAAUCUUGGAGUCAGUGA